CCGGCCCCUGCCCCUUGGCCUCAAGCCCCCGGCGAGUCUGGAGCCCUCGCCGUCGCCGGUCGCGUCCUUCGGGCAUGGAAGGCGGCGGCAAGCCCAACUCCGCUUCCAACAGCCGCGACGAUGGCAACAGCGUUUACCCCUCCAAGGCGCCCGCGACGGGGCCGGCGGCGGCCGACAAGCGCCUGGGGACCCCGCCGGGGGGCGGCGCGGCCGGGAAGGAACACGGCAACUCCGUGUGCUUCAAGGUGGACGGCGGCGGAGGAGAGGAGCCGGCGGGCAGCUUCGAGGAUGCCGAGGGGCCCCGGCGACAGUACGGUUUCAUGCAGAGGCAGUUCACCUCCAUGCUGCAGCCUGGGGUCAACAAAUUCUCCCUCCGCAUGUUCGGGAGCCAGAAGGCGGUGGAGAAGGAGCAGGAAAGGGUUAAAACUGCAGGCUUCUGGAUUAUCCAUCCGUACAGUGACUUCAGGUUUUAUUGGGAUUUAAUAAUGCUUAUAAUGAUGGUUGGAAAUUUGGUCAUCAUACCAGUUGGAAUCACAUUCUUCACAGAGCAAACAACAACACCGUGGAUUAUUUUCAAUGUGGCAUCAGAUACAGUUUUCCUGUUGGACCUAAUCAUGAAUUUUAGGACUGGGACUGUCAACGAAGACAGCUCUGAAAUCAUCCUGGACCCUAAAGUAAUCAAGAUGAAUUAUUUAAAAAGCUGGUUCGUGGUGGACUUCAUCUCCUCGAUCCCGGUGGAUUAUAUCUUUCUUAUUGUAGAGAAAGGAAUGGAUUCGGAAGUUUACAAGACCGCCAGAGCACUUCGGAUCGUGAGGUUUACAAAAAUUCUCAGUCUCUUGCGUUUAUUACGCCUUUCAAGGUUAAUUAGAUACAUACACCAGUGGGAAGAGAUAUUCCACAUGACAUAUGAUCUCGCCAGUGCAGUGGUGAGAAUCUUCAACCUCAUUGGCAUGAUGCUGCUCCUGUGUCACUGGGAUGGCUGUCUUCAGUUUCUGGUCCCCCUGCUGCAGGACUUCCCACCGGAUUGCUGGGUUUCUCUAAAUGAAAUGGUUAAUGAUUCAUGGGGGAAACAGUAUUCCUACGCACUCUUCAAAGCUAUGAGUCACAUGCUGUGCAUUGGUUAUGGCGCCCAGGCCCCCGUCAGCAUGUCUGACCUCUGGAUUACCAUGCUGAGCAUGAUUGUUGGGGCCACCUGCUAUGCCAUGUUUGUCGGCCAUGCCACAGCUUUGAUCCAGUCUCUGGAUUCUUCAAGGAGGCAGUAUCAAGAGAAGUACAAGCAAGUAGAGCAAUACAUGUCAUUCCACAAGUUACCAGCUGACAUGCGCCAGAAGAUACAUGAUUACUAUGAGCACCGAUACCAAGGCAAGAUCUUCGAUGAGGAAAAUAUUCUCAGUGAACUUAAUGAUCCUCUGAGAGAGGAAAUAGUCAACUUCAACUGCCGGAAACUGGUGGCCACCAUGCCUCUCUUUGCUAACGCGGAUCCCAAUUUCGUGACGGCCAUGCUGAGCAAGCUGAGAUUUGAGGUGUUCCAGCCCGGAGACUAUAUCAUUCGAGAAGGAGCUGUGGGGAAGAAAAUGUAUUUCAUCCAGCAUGGUGUGGCUGGUGUCAUCACCAAGUCCAGUAAAGAAAUGAAGUUGACAGACGGCUCUUACUUUGGAGAAAUAUGCCUGCUGACCAAGGGCCGGCGCACUGCCAGUGUUCGAGCUGAUACAUACUGUCGCCUUUACUCCCUUUCGGUGGACAAUUUCAACGAGGUCUUGGAGGAAUAUCCAAUGAUGAGAAGAGCCUUUGAGACAGUUGCUAUUGACCGACUAGAUCGGAUAGGCAAGAAAAACUCUAUUCUCCUGCAGAAGUUCCAGAAGGAUCUGAACACUGGUGUUUUCAACAACCAGGAGAAUGAGAUCCUGAAGCAGAUUGUGAAGCAUGACAGAGAGAUGGUACAAGCGAUCCCUCCAAUCAACUAUCCUCAAAUGACAGCCCUGAAUUGCACAUCUUCAACCACCACCCCAACGUCGCGCAUGAGGACCCAAUCUCCACCAGUCUACACAGCGACCAGCCUCUCUCACAGCAACCUGCACUCACCCAGCCCCAGCACACAGACGCCUCAACCCUCAGCCAUCCUUUCACCCUGCUCCUACACCACAGCAGUCUGCAGUCCUCCUAUACAGAGCCCCCUGGCCACGCGAACUUUCCAUUAUGCCUCUCCCACUGCAUCCCAAUUGUCACUCAUGCAGCAGCCUCAGCCGCAGCUACAGCAAUCCCAGGUACAGCAGACUCAGCCGCAGCCGCAGCCGCAGCCGCAGCAGCCGCAACAGCAACAACAGCAGCAACAGCAGCAGCAGCAGCAGCAGCAACAACAACAGCAGCAGCAACAGCCACAGACACCUGGUAGUUCCACACCGAAAAAUGAAGUGCACAAGAGCACUCAAGCUCUUCAUAACACCAACCUGACCAGAGAAGUCAGGCCCCUCUCUGCCUCGCAGCCUUCGCUGCCCCAUGAGGUCUCCACUAUGAUCUCCAGACCGCAUCCCACUGUGGGCGAGUCCCUGGCCUCCAUCCCUCAACCCAUGGCAACAGUCCACAGCACUGGCCUUCAGGCAGGGAGCAGGAGCACCGUGCCACAGCGUGUCACCUUGUUCAGACAGAUGUCCUCGGGAGCCAUUCCCCCCAACCGAGGAGUGCCUCCAGCACCCCCACCACCAGCAGCUGUGCAGAGAGAGUCUCCCUCAGUCUUAAAUAAAGACCCAGAUGCAGAAAAACCACGUUUUGCUUCGAAUUUAUGAUUCUUGCUGAUUGUCAAAGCAGAAAAGAAAUACUCUAAUAAACAGAAUAUUCUCAGAUAUUAUUUUAUUCUAUCUCAUGAUAGAGCCCUAUAGCCUACUCUAAAAAGAUAUUUUAGAAGCUCUGGCGUACAUGCAAAUGUAAAAACAUAUAUACAUAUAUUAUUAAAUAUAUAUAUAUAUCUAAAUGCCCAAGAGAAGUUCAAAAGACUUGUAUAACUUUCAGUGUUAUGUCUUCCUUUCUUUAAAACCAUUAAAGGAUUUAACACAUUGUUGUAAGAUCA